UGGGCCUUCAAGUGAUGGUCCAGCUGUCCCCCAUGAUGCAGGUCUUCAUCUCAGCUGACACUUCAUUCAAAGGAACUAUCUCUGGUUUGUGUGGGAACUUCAACAACAUCAUGAGUGAUGACUUCAGGGUGAUUAGUGGGCUGGUGGAGGGCACCGCAGCAGCGUUCGCCAACUCAUGGAAAACUAGAGCCAGCUGCCCCGACAUCACAACACCUUUUGGACACCCCUGUCAACAAAGCACCAGCAAGGAGAGUUAUGCCAAGUACUGGUGUUCCAAACUAACGGAUCCUAAGGGAGUGUUUGCUCCUUGCCACGCUUUCAUUAGCCCCAAAAUAUACAAUGAUAACUGCAUGUAUGACAGCUGUAACUGUGAGAAGACUGAGGACUGCAUGUGCGCUGCGGUCUCCUCCUAUGUCUAUGCCUGUUCAGCGGCAGGAAUCCACAUCAGUGGCUGGAGGGCGACCAUCUGUGGCAAAUUCAGUACAUGUCCAGCAAAAACAGUGUAUGAGUACAACAUGACCUGCUGCAGUCGUACCUGCCGUUCCCUCAGCCAGCCUGACUACUCCUGCCAGACCAGCCUCCCCACAGUGGACGGCUGUGGCUGUGCCGAGGGAAGCUACAAGGACGAGGAGGGGAAUUGUGUGCCCAGAGAAAAAUGUCACUGCUACGAUAAAGACACCAUUAUUCCUGCUGGAGAGACUAUCAGCAACGACGGCUCCACAUGUGUCUGCCGACAAGGAGCUCUCCGCUGCUCCGGAGCAACACAGCUACAAUCGUCACCAUCAUGCCGUUCCCCCAUGGUUUACUUUGACUGCUCCACUGUUCAACCUGGGACCACUGGGACUGAGUGUCAGAAGAGCUGCAGCACUCUGGACAUGGCUUGUAUCAGUACAGGCUGUAUAUGUGGCUGCAUGUGCCCUGAUGGCCUGGUGUCAGAUGGAGCAGGAGGCUGUAUCAACGAGACCAGCUGUCCGUGUCUGCACAAUGGAAACGCAUAUCAGCCGGGGGAGACACUGACUGUGGACUGCAACACCUGCUACUGCAGUGGAAGGAAGUUCACAUGUACCACCAAUGUGUGUAAUGCAGUUUGUGGGAUCUAUGGCGAUGGUCACUACAUCACAUUUGAUGAUAAGAGGUUUGACUUCAGCGGAGACUGUGAAUACACACUCCUUCAGGACUACUGUGGCACCAGUCAGAGCAAUGGAAGCUUCAGGAUUAUCACUGAGAAUGUUCCAUGUGGGACCACAGGAGCUACAUGCUCCAAGACCAUCCAGAUCUUCCUGGGGGAUAAUGAAUACCAACUUAAAGAUGGGACCUUCCAAAUGGUAAAGGGCAGUGGCCAGGUGCUCCCUGCUCAGAUACUUAAGAUGGGUAUUUACCUGGUGGUGAUGAUCAAGCCGGGUCUUGUGCUCAUGUGGGACCAGAGAACCAGUCUUUUCAUUAAACUUGCUCCGCAGUUCCAGGGUCAAGUCUGUGGUCUGUGUGGAAACUACGACGGCAACAGUAAGAAUGAAUUCACCACACGCUCUCAGGAGACAGUGACAGACGUUCUGGAAUUUGGCAACAGUUGGAAGGUUUCAUCCAGCUGCCCAAAUGCCGAACUGCUCACUGAUCCCUGUUCCUCGAACCGCUACCGGGCAGCCUGGUCCCAGAAACAGUGUAGCAUCAUCACCAGUGUCACCUUCCAGAGCUGUCAUUCACAGGUUGACCCUGGUCCAUACUAUGACUCUUGCGUGAGAGACUCUUGUGCUUGUGACACCGGUGGGGACUGUGAGUGUCUCUGUACUGCUGUGGCUACCUAUGCCAAAGCUUGUAAUGAAGCUGGGGCCUGUGUUAAAUGGAGAACUCCAAAGCUGUGCCCUAUUUUCUGCGACUAUUAUAACAACCCUGGUGAAUGUGAAUGGCACUACAAGCCUUGUGGAGUUGACUGCAUGAAGACAUGUAGGAAUCCAUCAGGAAACUGUUCCAGCCUCAUCACUGCCCUGGAAGGCUGCUAUCCACAGUGUCCUCCAACCCAGCCCUACUUUGAUGAAGACAGCAUGAAGUGCAUUGCCUGGAACCAAUGUGGCUGCUAUGAUGGCAAAGGCACCCAUUACAGCAUCGGAAACAAGGUUCCAUCGGACAACUGCUACACUUGCUCCUGUACUGUCUCUGGAAUAUCGUGCAGCUACGAUGUGAACUCUUGCUCAUGCUAUAUUAAUGGAAAAACCUACAAAUAUGGGGAAACCAUCUACAACACAACGGAUGGCCUGGGGAACUGCAUCACAGCUAAAUGUGGGGCCAAUGGGACCGUAACCAGGAGCAUGUACCUGUGCAUUUCUUCCACCACAGCUGGCCCUACAACUACUCCCUUUACAUUCAGCACGGUUGAAAAGACAACUUCAGUUACUACAUCACAAUCAAGAACCACAUUGGGAUCCACAGCCAAACUUUCAGAAACGACGACAUUAGAAAAAACUACAGGAAGCACUGGGACAACAACAUCACCAAAAGUCACCACUGGCCCAGUUACAACCUCUACCACGGCUAUUGUUGAAACUACAACCUCAGUGGCGAGUGUCACAACAACAAGCCCUGAAACAACAGUUGUAACAUCAAAACAAACAACUACAUCAGAACAAACAACAACAAAAAUCCCAGAAACAACAGUUGUUGUAGUCACAGAAAUUCCACAAACAUCAACUGUUAUUACAAAACCUGUUAUUUUGAAUACAACAACUAUUGUGGUGUCAACUGUAACUUCAGGAGCAACACUUAAAGGUACAACUUCCAUUGGCCCAAUAACACAGACACUUCCAGGCAGCACAACUGUUUACACUACCAGACCAGCCAGAUCUACAGUUGUUUCUACACCACCUCCAUUAACCACAACUACAACAUUAUGUGUCUGCAUUGUCAAUGGGACUACACAUCGUCCUGGGGACUUGGUGUACAAAGUCACUGAUGGCUUAGGUUGGUGUUAUGUUGCAUAUUGCAAUACAUCUUGUAAAGUUGAGACGCAAUCCAGACUAUGUCCCACAACACCGAUACCCAGCACUGCCGUAAGUUUCACCACUCCAGGGUUUGGCACCACUCCAGGGUUUGGCACCACUCCAGGGUUUGGCAGCACUACAGCUAUUGCCAGCUCUACUUCCACUCCAUCAACCACCCUGUCUACACCUACCACUGACUGCAAUGAUGUGAAUUCAACAAGAAAGAAUGGAGAGUCCUGGAAGGUCAGCAACUGCACCAUAGCUACCUGCACCAAUGGCACGAUCACACAGACACACACUCCCUGUCCCACAGUACAACAGCCCAUCUGUGCAAAUGGACGCAAAGUUGUUGAAGUCUAUGAUGAUGACGGAUGCUGCUUCCACUAUGAAUGUGAAUGUAUGUGCAGUGGCUGGGCCGGAUCCCACUACAUGACAUUUGAUGGAAAGUCAUACAGUUUUGAGGAGAACUGCUCUUACUACCUGGUCAAAGAGAUUAUCACUAAAUAUAACCUGACUAUAAUAGUAAACAACCAUGACUGCGAUCCUUCAGACAGCACGUUCUGUCCCCAGGCUCUCAUUGUAACGUACGGAUCCUACGAGGUGGUUUUGACUCAGUUGAAGACUUCAGGAACAGCAGCUAAUGUGGUGUAUGUGAAUCAGAAACGGAUCUAUCCCGCCUACACAAAUUCUGUCCUACGCCUCACGAGCACAGAUAUGGUGAUCACAUUGGAGAUACCUGAGAUCAACACAAAAGUGGUCUAUAGGGCCUCCUCAUUCAGCAUUGACCUUCCUUAUUCCUUCUUUGGUGGAAACACUGAGGGACAGUGUGGGACCUGUGACAACUCCCAGAAAAAUGACUGUCGUUCUCCUAACGGCCAGGUGGAAAGCUGCUCAGUCACUGCAGGCCAGUGGAUUGUUCCAGGUACACCCUGUGUCACCCCCACAACCCCAACAACUACGACCACUUCAAAAGCACCUUACACAACACCAACACAGCCUGCUUGCAAACCUGCCAUUUGUGAUAUCCUAACCAGCAGUGUUUUUGCACCAUGCAAUACAGUCAUACCCCCAGGAGCAUUUGUGACAUCCUGUAGGUCUGACAUUUGCAACAGUGGCAACGCCACAGGCUGCACCAGCCUGGAGGCCUAUGCCACUCAGUGCUCUGAUGCAGGAGUCUGUAUCGACUGGAGGAAUGCAACCAAUGGGCAGUGUGGGCUCACGUGUCCAAGUAACAAGGUGUACAUGGCCUGUGGCUCCACUGUAGAGCCUACAUGCAAUGACAGAUUCAACCAAAAGUUCCAGGCAUCCCCGAACAACACUAAGGAGGGUUGCUUCUGUCCUCAUGGCACCAUCUUAUUCAACACAGUCUAUGACACAUGUGUGGCCUCCUGCGAUUGUGUCGGACCUGAUGGAAAACCCAAACAGCCUGGUGACACAUGGACAAGUGGCUGCAACACCUGUACGUGUGACAACGAUUCCAUGAGCAUCCAGUGUCAGCCCGUUCAGUGCCCAACUAUACAGAUCCCCAUCUGCAGCGAACCUGGCCAGCAGCUGGUCAACAAGACAGAUGGCUGCUGCACAACACAGUCUUGCGAGUGCAACGUUAACCUGUGUCCCACUCCGAUCACCUGUCCGCUGGGGUUCCAACUCAACAUCAUCAGCAGCACCUGCUGUCAAUCCUACACGUGUGUUCCUAAAGGUGUUUGUGUCUACAACAUGACUGAGUACAAGCCUGGUUCCAAGAUACCAACACCAGAAACACCAUCAGAACCACCACUAGAAGCACCAGUAACACCAGAACAACCGUCAGGGACCACAACGGCACCAUCAGGAGCAGGAGAAACAAGAUCGGGACCUUUAACAGAGGAGUCUUUUAAACCCAAACCCUGCCAGGACUGUUACUGUGGCCCCACAAUGGAUCCCAUCACCAAGCUAAACAUCAUUACUUGCAAACCUAUUGUCUGCAACACAAACUGCUCCAGAGGUUAUGAAUAUCAGACUGUAGCUGACAAGUGCUGCGGUCGCUGUGUUCAGAAGAGCUGUAUUUUCACCACACCUGAGAACACAACGUACAUCAUUGAGGUCAACAACACAUUUGUACCACCUAAUGACAAGUGUGUGCAAUAUACAUGUGAGAACAUCAAUGGACAGCUUGUUACCAAGGAGACCAAGACAAUUUGCCCCCCCUUUAACCCCUUGGACUGUGAACCUGGUUCCGAGACAACAGACGCUAAUGGAUGCUGCACAACCUGCAAGCUGCGGAGCAUCUGUGAGGUCCAGAGUGAGCAGACCGUCAUCGAGGUGAAUGACUGCAAGAGCACGCAGCCGGUCAACAUGACGUCCUGCGCUGGACAAUGUGGAAGCUCGUCCAUAUAUUCUGCAGCAGCUAACAUGAUGAUGCACCAGUGUGAAUGUUGCCAAGAGGCCACCACCAGUCAGAAGCAGGUGGAGCUGACCUGCGCCAACGGCUCCAAGGUCCAGCACAGCUACAUCGUGGUGGAGACGUGCCGCUGCAGCAAAGCAGAGUGCGUGGCGGGGACAACGUCCAAACCAUCGCGCCGCAGGAGACGCUGAUCAUACUGCUUCACGCUGGACUGAAACCUUACCGACACAUUGGGACUUAACCUGGGACCGGUUCUUUGCAGGUUUUAGUAUUUAUAGUUCAACAUAUAUAUAUGUAUAGCUCUUUGUC